AUGCAGCUCGCCCAGCGUUCUUCUACCCUGCGGGCCUCCCGCCCCGCGGCCGCUACCCGGGCUGUCAGCCGCAGGACCGUGAAGGUCGUGGCUGCCUACGGCCAGGACAGCCGCUUCGUCGACCUGGCGGAUCUCGAGAACACCACCGGUGCUUGGGACGUGUACGGCCAGGACGGCGAGAAGCGGUACAACUCCCUGCAGUCCGAAUUCUUCACCCGCGCGGCCGACCUCGUGGCGCGCCGCGAGGCGAUCCUGCUGCUGCUGGCCGGCAGCGGCGGCGCGGCCAUCAGCCUGUUCGGCCUCAAGGGCGCCAAGGACGCCCAGCUGCCCAUCACCAAGGGCCCCCAGACGAGCGGCGAGAACGGCAAGGGCGGGAGCGUGCGCGGCAAGCUCUGA